UUUGUUGAAAUCUUCUCCAGAAAACCUUGUAUAGCGGCAUAAAUAUAGCGAUGGGGACGUAAUCCUGGCUGUAUUUUUACUGACCUUGGUUUAUACGGAAAUCACUGGAAGCUUGUGAUUAUCCAACCGUUCAAUUUGUUUUGACACCGGAAAUUUGUCAACGUAGGUAGUAAAUCACCAAGAUGCACGGAAAAGUACAUAGAGCAAUUUUUUUGAACGGAUCCGCUUAAAAGUAAAAGAUUUAAAAGCAUCCGGCAGCUACCUCUCACCUCCGUUGAGUCUGACGUUCAGAAGAGUAAUUUCGACUUAUUGUCUACAAUGGCAGUCUUGGUGGAAACUUGUUGCUGCGGCUGCAGUCUACGAACAGGUGUAAAUAUUCUUUGUAUCUUCGGCCUGAUCAUAUCAGCAUACUCAAUUAACCGAGAAAGUCAAUCUAUUAAAUUUUAUAAGCAACUAGAGGAGAACGCCGUUGAACUCAGCCAAGAUUUGCCUUUCAGCAAAAAGCAUUUUCUCGUGAUCACCAGACUGGCUUAUGUCAACCUCGCGUUUAAAGUGAUCUCACUGUUGGUGAACCUGUUGCUUCUGGGGUCCACUUGCUCGGGUGAAAAGCGUCUGGCAUAUCCUUGGCUUGGCUGGAGCAUGUUCGAGCUCUUUUUCGAUUUUGGAGUGAUCGUAUUUUUUAUUGUCGUCUGGAAUGGGUUUGCCGUCUUCUUCAUUCCUUAUGGCAUUGGAUGGUUGCUGUCGAUUUACUUCAUCGUGGUGGUGUAUUCGUAUAUUGAAGACAAUCGACCUGAAAACAAUAUAUCACCAUCGUCAGGAUUUUCUUCCUCCUCUGACAGACGGCGACCAAUAUCAAAUGGUAAUUUCGUUUUUAUUGUUUUAAUGCUUCGUGGUCUUCGAAACCAAAUUCGAUAUGGAUGCUUUUGUACUGCUGUGCAAAAAUACAUUAUGAUAACGGACCAGCAUUUCAUCUAA